AUGUUCUGCGUCUCUGUACAUUUGUAUGUUAUGUUGGGGUUGCAACCGCACGUCUCCCCUCCCUCCUUGCAAGAACAGCAACUGAACACUAUAUACCAUAAAGCAGGAAAUUUUCUGGCUAUCGGGCGCGGUACUACAUGGAUUUUAGUCCCCCCCCAAAAAAAAAAUAACAACAAACAAACACAACAAUAUCCUGUUGCCGGUCAAUAUCAUGUUGCCUAUCAAUUUAUAUCCUGUUUAAUCUAUAUCUAUCUAUCUAUCUAUCUAUCUAUCUAUCUAUCUAUCUAUCUAUCUAUCUAUCUAUCUAAAUCUGAUCAGUAUCUAUCUAUCUAUCUAUCUAUCUAUCUAUCUAUCUAUCUAUCUAUCUAUCUAUCUAUCUAUCUAAAUCUGACCAUAUCUAUCUAUCUAUCUAUCUAUCUAUCUAUCUAUCUAUCUAAAUCUGAUCAGUAUCUAUCUAUCUAUCUAUCUAUCUAUCUAAAUCUGAUCAGUAUCUAUCUAUCUAUCUAUCUAUCUAUCUAUCUAUCUAAUCUAUAUAUCUAUCUAAAUCUGAUCAUAUCUAUCUAUCUAUCUAUCUAUCUAUCUAUCUAUCUAUCUAAAUCUGAUCAGUAUCUAUCUAUCUAUCUAUCUAGCUAUCUAUCUAGCUAUCUAAACCUGAUCAGUAACUAUCUAUCUACUACAGUCUCUUUCUUUCUUGCAAAAUCGAUUAAAAAUCCAAUCAAGAGAGUUCAAAAGGUCAAUCAUCGGCAAACCGCAUGA